CCCAUGGCAACAAACAAAACCUGGAGCUGCUUUUGGAAAUGUGCUUCAACUCGCUAGGAGACAAGGAGAGCAACGGGUCUAUCAGCCCACUACACUUGGCGGUGGAGUCGGGUCACUGGGAAUGUGUCACCGUGUUAAUUGAGUCUGGAGCGUAUGUGGAUGCCUGUGACCCGGUGGGGCGCUCUGUGCUGUAUGUGGCCUCUCAAAGAGGACAUGCUCGCUGCGUAGAGCUGCUUCUCUGCCAAUCAGCAUCUUGCCUGCUCACAGAGCACCGCAGCAAAUGGGGCCCUCUUCAUGUUGCAGCUGCCAACGGCCACUCAGAAUGUCUGCGGAUGCUGCUCUGUAGUGAGGGGGGAGCCGACCUAGUUAAUGUUACAGAUGCAGAGGGACA